GGAGUUGUAAUUGUUAAGCAAUAAGGCUAAGCAGAAGUUCUAAAAUGUUAGACAGCUCUAUAUGUUUGAUUUUCAUGUACCAAGAAUUUCUCAACCUUAAUAAACACGAACACUAGCAUUUCACCAGUCCCCUCUGCUUUCACCUUCACGGCUUCACUUGUCACUCAGUGAGAGGAGGUAGCAAUUAGCAUCAUCAUCAUCAUCUUCUUCUUCACCACCUCGCUUCUUUCUACUUCAAUGGCGAAAUCAUUCUCUCUAACCCACCACCUUUCCCUCCUACUCCUCCAUUCCCGUUCUCACCGUCUCUUCAUCCCCUCCACGACACUCCUCCCUCUCCCUCUUCAUCACCAUCACCCCUUCUCUCUCUCCCCAUUCCACAAAUCCCUCUCUACCAAUCCCACCCCAUACCCUCUUCAAUACGAACUCAUCAUAAAUCGCCCCGUUCAAAAACACCCACCACGUGUUCGACGAAAUGCCGCACAAGCUCUCUCUGAACCCCACGAACCAGACGAACCUGAGGAACAAGAACCGACUUCGGAGCUUCGCCUUGACAGCUGGGUCGACCGGAAAUUGAGCUUUGACUCCGAUUCUGGUCAACCCAGUUCGUCAAAUUUGGAACUUGACAAGGCCAAGAGGAAGUACUACAACAAGAGAAGGAAGAGGAUGUACGGGUCGGAUUCCGAGGAAGAAGAGGCACGGUUACGGAACGAGGAGAAGUUUGUGGAGCUGAAGCCUGAGGUGGUGGAGCUUCCAACUCUGCACCGUAGAGAAGAAGAGUUGUAUUUUUAUGAUGCUUUUGCUUACCCUUGGGAGAAGGAGAAGCACUACAAGAUGGUGUAUCAGUUGGAGAAGAAGUACUUCCCUAAUCAAUGCCUUGACAAGGCAUUUCUCAAACCGGGAGAGUCGAAUUUGAAUGCGAAUGCAAAUGCAAAUUUAAAUGAAAAUGAAAAUGUAGAUGGUGGUGUGAGGAGCAAGGGGAAGGGUAGGAAGACUGCUGGUGUUAGGGAGGAGAAGAAGGAUGAUAAGGGUGAUAACAAGUUGGUCUUUUUUGAUGAGAAGAGGGAAGAGGAAAAGAAGGGUGAUGGGGACUUGGUGAAGGAUCUUAGGGAGAAGAAGGUCGAGGAAUUCUUUAAGGGCUUGAAGAGAGUUGACAAAAAGGAUGGUGAAGUUAGUAGUAUCAAUGCAGAGCCUUUUCUUUCAUCGAGGAGGACUGGACUCCCCCCGGUAUGGGACAGUCCACAUGGCACUGUGGUUUUGAUUAACAAACCAAAGGGCUGGACCUCAUUCACAGUUUGUGGUAAGCUGCGCCGCGUUGUUAAAGUAAAAAAGGUAGGCCAUGCUGGAACACUUGAUCCCAUGGCUACUGGUUUAUUGAUUGUUUGUGUUGGAAAAGCAACAAAACUGGUAGACAGAUAUCAAGGGAUGAUCAAGGGUUAUAGUGGGGUCUUCCGUCUAGGGGAGGCUACUUCAACAUGGGAUGCUGAUUCACCAGUCAUUCAGCGUGAGCCAUGGGAACACAUCAAAGAUGAGGACAUAAAGAGAAACGCUGCAUCUUUUUGCGGGGAGAUUUGGCAAGUUCCUCCUAUGUUCUCUGCUAUUAAAGUUGGGGGUGAAAGGAUGUACGACAAGGCGAGGAGAGGAGAAAACGUUGAACUUUCACCUAGACGAAUCUCAAUACUCCAGUUUGACAUAGAGCGCAGCUUGGAUGACAGACAAAAUUUGAUUUUUAGAGUGACGUGUUCUAAAGGGACAUACAUUCGGUCAUUGUGCGCGGAUUUUGGGAAGGCUGUUGGCAGUUGCGCCCAUUUAACUGCUCUGCGAAGAGAUUCAAUUGGGCAAUAUUCAGCAGAUGAUGCUUGGGACUUCCAAGAACUUGAAGAGGCUAUUACCAAAACUUACCUCUAACUGUUGUUGAUUGGAGCCAUGAUCUGCAAAUUGCUGUGUCUUUCCCUUGUUUUGGUUGGUAAAUAGAUGCGCAGUGGUUUAUAAACCGAUUUUAUGUUUAUUCUUUAUAGUUUCAUUUUUUACCUUCAAUGUUCUAUUCUUAUAUGUUUUCUUUAAAGUUAUAUAGUCAUGAUAUACUAGGCUCAAAGUCUUCUUCCUUUUUUACCUUUUUAAGUAGAUGUAGUAAUUGAGCAAGGAAACAUUUGACCAUUCAUUUAUACCAACCGUAUAUAGAGGAAAAAAGUAAAAAUUCUUGCACAAAUUUCACAUGUUGUGCCAAA